UUGCGGUAUAUACACGUGUGUCAGUCUUCUCAUAUAAGCAUAAUUUUUUGGAGUUAAGUUUGGGCUUUGUGUAGCAUUUUUAUCCAAUUUCAACAAGGUUUAUAUGCGUAUCACUAUCAAACCAAAGUACAGCUUUCUUAACCGUUAAGUUCUAAUUCUGUAACGUUGUUAGCAUGAUUUGACACAUUUUGAGCUAUGCGAUAGUGAUACUCAGCGGGCGGAUUCAAAUUCGUAGCAGCUUUUGCUUGCUACAAUAUUAUCUGAGCAUGCUGUAUUACCAGCUACAGUCUUUCGUCUUCUUUCAAAUUCAAUGUGGCAGCUUCAAACUUGUUUUUAAAACUCAUAUCCAGCACUAGUUAUUGUGAAGAUUGUUAUUGCAGUUGAUGGCAUACCUAUUGGGUAGUCAGACUUGUAUUGAAAGUCUUCAGUCAGAUGUUGCUGAUGUUGAAUCUGUAUUGUCUGAAGUAUUAUCUCACACAGGGCUCAUACCUUUCAACUCUUGGAAGUUUCCUGGCACAAAAGCCAGUGAUGUAUCCAUUAAUGAAUUACUAAACAAAUAUACAUUCUCAGAAGAUGCAGAGGAAUCACAAGUAGCACAUAUAUCAUUGCAAGAACUUCUUCUUGACAGGAUGAUAUUUUUCAUUCAGGCAACAUCCUUGUUUGUUGAAUGUUUCUUAAACAGAAAACAGACCCAUAACAGGAAAGCUAACAAGUUAUUUUCCACAAGUGUAGGUCUGGCUGUUCAGAAGUGUUGGUCAGUUCUGAACCAACUGAAAAAAUUACCUGCAGAAGUGAAAGCUUAUGGGACAUUAACAUGUACAAAGUUUGAACCAUCAGUGGCAAGCCAAGAAAUACAAACAGAAAAUUUCAUCUGCCCUAAUUCUAAUCAUCUUUGUGAAAUACUAAAGAUAUUACAUGGCAAUAAUUCAUUGACUGAAAAUAAUGUUACUACUCAGAAAGUUGCAAAUGAAGGUCCUCAAAGCAUGUUUUUCACAUGUUGGCAGGUUGCUGAGAAAAUGAACUUGUUAAUUUCCAAAAUAAAAACUUUGAAUGAGGAGUCCGAAUGCAAAGACAAAGAUAAAACUUACUACCAGAAAAAAGCAUUGGAGUUAGAAGAGGAGUUAAAAAAGAAAAUAGCUUAUUUAGAAAACUUGAAGAAGGUACACCAUAAGACUGUUGAAGAGUUACAGAAGAUUUUAGAUGCAGAAUCAGAAAAAGUUGAAAAUUUGAAUGCCAAUAAUGAACUAGAGAGGAAGGCUUUGGAAGACAAACUUUUAGACCUGCAGACAAAAUUAAAGCAAGAAAACUAUCAAACAGCUGAGUACAUACAAAAAACCAAAAAGGAUGAAAUUACAAUCAGCAAUCUUCAACAAGAAAGAAAUGAAAUGAUAGAAAGAAAUGAGAUUUUAUGCAAGAAAUUAGAAGUCAUCAAAAAACUGGAAACUGAAUUUCUUCAACUAGAAGGAGAGAAAAAAGUAUUAGAUGCCAAACUUCGCUCACUACUCCAGCAGCUGGAAACUUUAGCUGAGAAAGAGAUCUCAAACCAGGUUAUGAUAACACAGUUGAAGAGUCAGAUUUCUGUCCUUGAAAAGCAGAAAACACUGAGAGAAGCUGAAUACAAAACCUUGAAGCAGAGACAAGUGUAGAGAAGGACAUGGAGAACCAAAUCAAAGCCAAUGGAAUUAGAAUCCAGCUACUUCAAGAUCAAAAUGAAAUCCUUAGGGAAUCUUUGAACAAAAUAAAAUCUGUUGUCUCAAUACAGAAAGAAUUAGGAACAUCUGUGGUUAAGAAGGUACUUUUUCUUUUAAUUGUCUUAAAUAUAAGUAUAAGUUACCAGAUAGUACUAGCUUUGAGAAUUAUUUGUAAAGCUUAAUGUUAUGAUGCCUUUGUGUAAGAUUAUAAAAAGUAAGUAAAUAUUACUUUAACUAGCUGUUGUAGCUAGUAACUAAUGGUAAGGGUAAUUUCUUUAUUUGUUACAAAGAAUUUUUAAGAAAGAGGUCUAGAACCUCAUCCAGUAUGUGAAGCACAGCAAAUCAAUUUUUUUUUAUGUCAGAAUUAUAAAUGUUUUUAUGCUAAGUAGUAAGAGUUAAAGGAUCACAUUUUUAAUGUGGCAUUGUUUUAUUCUUACUUAUUUGAAACAUUGGCACAUAACUCUACAUAUUUUUAUUUUAUUUUUUUCCUAAAUCUAUUUAAUAUUUAAGUGACAAUAGAUAACCAUAGAAACAGAAAGAUUAUGGGAAAUAUUAAUUAGAACCUGAUAAUAUCUAAUAUGGUAAAGCUAUCUUUAAGAUUGGAAAGGACAACAGUUCAUAAAAUCCAAAAUCCUUGUCCAGCAACUUAUGUAUAUAUACAUAUAUAUAAUUAAACGUGCUCAUAUCACUUUAAACACUAGUUCUGUGAAGUAAAAGUUUAUUUUAGAGUCAUCAUUUGUAUAUUUGUACCUGGCAUAGAUAAGCAGCAUAAUUAUAAUUUCUGCACAAGAAUAGAACUGAUAUAUUAAAAGUUAUAUACUACAGUGUGUACUGAUAAUGAACUGGUGUUGUUAUUUAGCAUAUGAUGAUUUUCUUAAGAGUCAAAAAUAAAGGAGUUUUCUCCUAUACUUUGGUGUUUUCAGAAUUGACACACUAAGCAUCCAUUACUGUAGAGAAAAUAUUGAAAGUUUUUGUAUGUGAUGCAAUAGGUUAGGAGCUACAAUGGUUAAACUGGUAUUUUGAAAGAAUUGGAUCUUCUUUUUUGUGAUCCUCUUUGUAUUAGCAGUGUGUAUUACAGCAUGGUCCAAUCAGAUGACCAGGAACACUAAUGUCUUGAAUCCUCAAGAGAGGAAAUGCCAUUCUAGACUAUUCUGCUCCAGUUUAAUUAACCCCUGAGGAUCUGCAAGAUGUUUUACCCUCUUCUGGAUACUGAAACAUGGCCAAGAAAUAGUUCAUACAGACUGAAAAUUUUAAAUGUGGAUAGUUAGCUAACUUUGCACUAUAAACAAUGUAAUAUUUUCCUUGUGUUUGAUGAAGCAGUUUUUCUGCUAUUCAUCUUCCUUUUUACAAUUUUAAAAAAUUUUCAGUUCUGAAUUUGUAUUAAUUUUAUAAUAUUGCAUUAAUUAUUUGCAGCCGUACAUACUUUUAGAUCAUGAGGGAUAAAAACAUGACACAUACUAACUCAGGUUAUUGUUCACAGAAAAUAGGUCCUAUCCAGUUGUGGCUUAAUCCUAAUAUUGAAACACUUGACACUUGUGACAGACCAACUAACAAAUCUCAUCUUCAAAGUCUUAGCGGGACAUCUGCAGUUUCUGUCGAUAGAAUUUUACCAACUCUAAACUCCAGCCUGUUUGAUUCCAGUCAGGAAGUUCCUUCUCAGUGUGACAAAACUGGUUCAAGACCACAUUCUGGUAAGAUCAGCUCCAUGAUAGAGUUUGUUUACAAGUGGCCCAAUUUUCAAGGUCAGCAUCAAGCUCAUUACAGAAAGUUUAACCAGGAUAGCCCAGAGUCUCAUCAUCAGUUGAAUACUAGACAAGUCACACCUGAAAGUUAUCAUUCCAGAAAAUCUUUGCUUGCUAGGACUACACUCUCCCAUAUAAGUACUAAUAAACGUGGCUCUGUCUACUCUCCAACUUCCAUAUAUUCUCCUAAAACCUUGACUGACCAAGUCCCAGAGAAGGAUGUUAUGUCAGACAAACAUUUUGUGCCACAAAUUACUUAUGGCUUUGCUGUCUCUUCAGUGCAGAAAAAGCAAAAAUGGCUACAAACAAAAACUACUCAUUCCACCACUUUUGAAGGCAAACGACUACAAAAAAUUAAAACAAAAAAAAGCAUAUAGUACACAUGUAUCUUGUGCCUAAAUGCUUAUUAUAUAACCACUACAUGUAUGUAUUUUAUAUAAAUGUUUGGGGAUAGUCUUAAAUUUUUUACUGGUUUAUUUUCUGUUUUAUAGUUUAAUUUUUCCAUAAAACAUAGAUAUUUACUCUGUUAAUCUUAACAUCUUUAAAUAAUUCUGCUUAAUCCAAGUUGUGAGAACUAAAAUGUGGAUACUGGUGACCAGUAUGUAUUAAGCAAGUAUUAAUAUAAUUGUAUUUCACAUUAAUACAUAUAAUUAUCAAUAUACAUCGUUUAUGUUGUAUGUCACAAAAAAUAUUUCCUCUACCUCAUAAGUAACUGAAGCAAAAUUGUUUCACUAAAACAUGUGAUUGUUAAAUUUUCAAGCAAUUUAAUAGUUAAAAAGUAAGAUUUUUGUACCUUAGAUUUUAGUUUUCUCAAUUUAUAGACUUUUAACAUAUGUAUUACUGUUUUACACAAACCACAAGUAUGAAUAAAAAUUUUCACAAAUAACUUUUUUCUGACUUUUUUGUUACAACAGAUCUUAUUGUUUU